AUGAUCAAGGUCAAAGGCACCGCCAAGGUGUUUCCGCCCGACGGGGACAAAGAGCUCUUGAUUUUGGCGCCAUUAGCUGAUUCUCUAUCGCCGGAAGUCCGCGCAAUCACAGUCGACGAUGAUGGGCUCCUUACUGAGGUUUCGACAGAUCCGGAAGAUGACGAGACUGACUUUAUCGCAUAUCCUCCCAUCUCACUCUGUGGGUCGCUUGCCGAUUGCCGUACAGUCCAGCACGCUAAGCUGCAAGAACUCGAUAGACUUGGUCCAUUUAUUGACCUUGUGUCAUACGAAGACGAGGCUGGGAUUCCUCAAAAGGUUGCUUUUAAGUUCAACGUCUUAGACAAGCCUCUGAGACUACAAAUGGCCUGGGAUGAGCUUAACAUUCUCAAAAGUCUACCGCCGCAUCCUAAUAUGGUACCAUUUGAUCGUGUUGUCCUUGACGAGUGUCGGGUGAUUGGAUUCACGACAAAGUAUAUUCCAGGUGAAAUUCUCGCCAAUUCAAAGGUCCCUUUUCGAUUUCAGUGGUUGCAACAGCUCACUCAACUCAUGGAUUUCCUCAACCUAGAAUAUGGGAUCAUGCAUCAAGAUAUUGCACUCCGGAAUCUACUUGUCGAUCCCCGCACGCAUAAGAUUCUUCUCUUCGACUUCGACCGGGCUACAGUCGGAAAGAAAAACCUACAAGAGGGCCGAGAUGACGUUAGUGCCGUUGCGUACACACUCUACGAACUUAUCACCAAUAAUACCUCCUUUUCGGAUAUCCCCCACUGGGAGCGAAAUAUAGAUAUGGUGCAAAGUAUCUCGGAGUGGACUAGUCAUCGCGAACUGGACUCUGAGGUAACGAAAUUCCGCAACUUCCUGAAUAAAUGGGUAGCAACGCGAAGAUCCGACGUGGACGGGGACAUGAAACGAUAUCUCAAUGCACCAAACCGGCUUACAUUGCCGGACCUACCAAUACCGCCCGAGUAUAAUGUACCAUUCCAGUUGGGUACAAUAGACGGAAAGCCAAGGUGGAUAACCGGCCAUCGGUUUAGAAGAACUGCAAUGAAGUUGGGGCAGUAUUGCUUUCGCUGGGAGAGGCCACCGCAGAGCCGCUUGUUGAACAAGGCUAGUGUCGAAUAG